AUGGCUCAAAUCCUUACUGAAAGAGGAUAUAAUGUUCAAGGAUUGAAAGCUGAGUGUUUAGGGUUCAAAUGCACAGACAUUAGCUUAAAUGCUAAAUGUUGUUGCAGGAGAAUUCUAUUCAAUGAGCUUGAUUUCCGCUCUCAAAAAUCUGCUCUCGAAGAAUUCAUUGAAUCACGUGGUCAUAAAGCGAUUUUUUAUCCUAAAUACCAUUGUGAAUUGAAUUUUAUAGAGCAGUGCUGGGGAAGGGCAAAAUUCUUCUAUAGGAUGAUGAAAAGGCCUCAUAAUGAGGAGGAAUUGUCUUUGUUACGCUACAUCAUUACUUACAUAAUCUACAGGUUUGCCAAUCGUUCAGCACGGUUCAUGGAUUGUUAUAGAAAAGGCUUAAAUGGCAAACAAGCAGUAUGGACUAGUAGGAGGUAUCAUGGACACAGAAUUGUUCCAGACAAAAUUAUGGAGGAGUUGGACAAGUAUGGAAUUUAA